GGAGCACCACCAGCAGCGUGCAGCAUGCUGGAUGGAGGCAGAGCUGCUCCGACAGCAACUCAAGGCUUCACAGGACAAGCUCUUAGAAGCCAAGGCAAGCCUGAGUCUGGCCCAGACUCAGCAUGCUCUGCAGUUGCAGCAGGCCAAGGCCCAGAUGAACAGCAUGGUGCCAAAGAAACAGUUUGAGCAGGUGCAAACCAGCUUGAGAAAGGAACAGUGCAAGGCUCAGCAGCUCCAGGAAAACAUCCACCGGCAGGCUGAGCAGAUGUGCAGGCAGCUGCUCAGGACCCAGGAGGAACAUGAGCAUCUGCUGCAGGCAGCUGUAGAACAGGCAGAGGGACUGGAGCACAAUCUGAGGAGUGUGGAAGCUGUACUGUCAGAGAGGGCAGCUCAGCUCAAAGAUGCCCAGGCCCAGCUCUCCAGGAACAAACUAUUGAUCGAAGACCUCCGUGAGGAGAACAGGAGAUUAGCAAUGGCCCUGCAGGCAGCUGAGCUGAAGCAGAAGAGCACCGAGGAGAAGAACCAGCUGUUGGAGGAGCAAGCCUCAGCUCUGAAGCAGCUAAUUGGAAAAAUCACACCAGUGUCUCUGAGUGGGUGAUGGGACACCUGCUGCCACUGCCUUGCACCUUCUGGCUGGGGUUUGUCAGCUCCUCCUUUUGGGCUCUAGGAGACUAUGGUCCUCCUGAAGCCUGAGCCUAGGAUCCA